UGAACAAAGUGGAGCUAUUUCUUUUUUCUUUCAGUGCUUGUUAGAUGGUUGACUUUUUGUAUUAAAUCCUAAUCUGUGUUAACUUGUGUCAAAUGUAGCUACAUGUAGUCCAGUAGCUAAAACAUAGGCUCUAAAAUAUGACCAAAAACAGCACUUGGUUUAAAUGUUCGUUGCUUAGUCAUCCGUUUGCAAAUAAAUGACUGCGGGCUCUUUAAGAAAACAGGUGCGUCCUUGACAGGUAAUCGCGAAGAAACAGGAAGUCACCAAACAUAAACCAAAACGGAGCUUUGUUUCAGCACAAAAAUGACCAUGAGGGAAGGGGGAAGCUAUUUUGGUAAGUUUCGUAACAUCUAGUUCCUCUUAUCGCCGCUCAGGAGACGAUAUUUAUGUUUAGUUUUGUCAAGUGUAAACUGAACUGAAGUCACGUAUAGCACGUUAAUAACAGCUGAGUUUCUGUACAGUCGUUUAUUGGACAAACCCUGUUCAAAAAGGUGGCGCAAAUUGUGAAAAUGUAUCAUAAAAGUAAUUUGAAUACUAAAGAGUUUAAUCUCUUUGCAGACCGGCCUGACUGACGACAUGAGACAACCUUUGCUUCUUAUCAGUCUGUCACUGGCAGUCCUCCUCUCUGCCAAUGUGGUAGCUCAGGACCCGGUACAGAUAGAGUUCCAGCCAGACCCCGUGCUGGUCCAAACUGGAACUGAGGUAGUGUUCACAGUGCUGACGGUGUCCCAGAUCCUGUCCAUGACAUGGCUGUACAAAGGAGAAACUCUUGGUCUGUGGGCUGGAGGGGCCCCGGUGAUUAACACGGUGCCCCAGUUCCAGGGCAGGCUCACCAUCUCCGCCACCCAGCUCCGAAUCGGAGGCGCUCAGCUCCGAGAUGCAGGGAACUACACGGUGCAGGUGACCCCUACCGCAACUACAGGCCUGGCCCCCAACUCCAGAUCGAUACAGCUGAGGGUGUUUGAUGCAGUGGCCGGGGUGAGCCUGUCAGUUCCCACGAUAGCAGUGGAGGGGAGAAAUGUAUCUCUGAGUUGUACGUGGACUGCUGGGACAGACAUUACAGUCCAGUGGGGCAAAGGAGGCGCGACCGUAGCCCCCGACUCCAGGAUCACCAUCUCCGGUGGCUCUCUGGUCAUCAACCCGGCCAGACGAAGUGAUGCCGGGCAGUACACAUGUACCGCCAGCAACCCCGUCAGCGCCCAGACUGCCACACAGAGCCUCACUGUCUACUAUGGCCCUGACACCCCUGUGCUGACCAAGGACACCCCGAAAGACUGUGUCGGGGGAGGGGAUGUGUUGGUGGGACAGACGGUGCGUCUCACCUGCAUGUCUGACUCACUGCCCCCUGCCCUCUUCUCAUGGCAACAUAACGGACAGCCUGUCGCAACCGGCCAGCCGGACAGCGGGGUGCUCAGCCUUCAGACGAUCUCGACCAAUGACAGCGGCCGCUACGUCUGCACGGCGAGAAACAGCAUUACUGGAGGCACGUCGGAGCAGGGAACAGACCUGGCCAUCGUAGACACGUGUCUAAAUGCAGGGGAAGUGGCGGGGAUUGUGAUCGGCUGUUUGCUGCUGAUUAUAAUCAUUGCGCUGCUCAUCUGGUUCAUCGUCCUUUUGCGGAGGAGGAGGGAGCUGAGACAAAGGGAUACUGUGUUUAUACAGAAGUCCAACCCAAACCCCGGGCCUGCACCUCCAGAUCCACAACCUAAUGAUGCAAGGGAUUUGGGCCAAGGUCCCGAUCCCCCCCUCCAUCACUUGAACACACACACACGCCACCCUGAUCGCUUAUACGCAGUCCCGUGGGAAAAUCGCGGCAAUCCACAGACGCUGCUGCUGAACGGCCUGCAUGACGCCGACGCACGCCGGCACAAUGGCCAUACCCACACAAAUAGACUCCUACAUGAUUCUGCUCAGAACAACAAUUCAUCCCCACACAAUGGCAUUGACAACCCAGCUUUCACACAUACUGAUGCUCAGAAUGCAAACACACUCCAAAGCACACAGCAGCAAAAUCCUAACAUCCUCAUACAGGCUGGCCCUGCUCAGGGCGGUACCCAGGCGCCGGCGGUCCACGUCAGCCUCAACACUCUGCCUCAAACAGCCCAGCAAAACAACAAUGCUCAAAUGCCCACCAUUCAUGUCAAUCUGAACUCAUACUCAGUCAAUGGCCAACAAGCUCAGCAAGAAAGCUCAUCUCCUCCUACCAAUGCAGCCAAUAAUAACACUUCACAAACCCAACAAAACUUGAUAGAUGCAGGGCAGUCAGUCCCCAGAAUGCAAACUGGGCAGUCCUAUCGCAGUGACCCGCGGCUGAAUGGCCACAUAGACGCAGAUCACCGAGGUCAGCCUGGACUCAUCCCCACAGGUUACACACAUUAUAACGGUAAUAACACUUCUCAGAGAAAUGCCAACACGCAGACGUACCAGCAGGAGCCAGAACCUCAUAGAAGAUCUGAUAGACAUGACACCACUGUCAGUUCCUCACGACGACAGGUGCCUUUGGAUCUCCUCCGAGGGACUCCAGCUUAUCCAAAUGGAACGCUUCAGAGAGGACAUACAUCAUCCGAGUUCUCCUCUGACACUACAGACUACACUACCCAUCCUCCCAUACGAGAGGAAAGAACGCCAAACAGAACUCAGCCUUCACCCCGGGGCCAAACCACUUCCCGGAGCAGAGCUCCACGCAGACGAGAUGCACCAUCAGUAGACAGACAGACACGGAGCCGUUCAGCUGAUCUUCUAGUCCCAAAUAGUCAUAGUGCAACACAGCUUGAGGCUGCACACCACACACAGAGAAGCCCCCUUACACAAAGGGAGACUGUUCAACGAGACAUCAGAGGUUUGCCUGGUAGCCAGACCGCCUCCAGGCAGGAAGCCACACAGAGCAAUAACCUCCAGGCAAUGCCUGUCAUGAACCAACACACUUUUGUGGGCCGCUCUGCGUUGUCACAAGGACCCAUAAUACAACAGGGACCGGCCACAGUGCAUAGUGCUGAUGCGAGAGCUUUGGCUGAUCCUAAUCACCUUCCACAGGCACACAUGGCCGAGCAACAUAAAGUAGCACCAAUCCAAAAACCACAACAAGGCCUGGGCACAGAGACACAGCCUGUCAUAAUCGGUGCCAGUCAACCUCGCCAAGGAGGCACAGCUCCAGUCCCGCACUCUCCUGCCCAGCAUAAUCCCAGUAACCUAACCCAGGCUGCACUUAAAGCCCACACUGAGAGGGCUCAAACAUUUCAGAAUCGGAACCAGCAGACCCUAGCUGCCCUUAUUCACUCUGGAGCACAGACACAAGCUCCUGCUGCCGGGGCUCAGCACCCACCGACUCCUCCUCCUGUUAUCCCCCUCACACAGUUCCACGCCCUCCCCAAGAAGCACACCCAGCACAAAUCCCCAGUUAGAGGUCCUCAGCCCCCCAGACCUCCUGUUAACGUACCGGUGGCUCAGCGACACCUACAAGUGCAACAGCGUCCCAACGUGCAGCAUCAUCCUGCCACGAUGCCCGCCAAUCGUCAUCAUCACCAUCCUGGAAAUGGCCACACGCAUAUCGGUGCACAUAGGCAUGCCCAUGCUCAUGCCCGUGGCCCCGGGCACCCUGCCCACUUCACCCACCCACGGCAGCAACCGGCUCACAGAGGGAGACCAAGAUGAUGACAGAUGUCAGCAGACGACAGCCUACAAUGUCCCGCAUCCACUGACACAAACAAACAGCUGACAGACAUGAUCCAAUAUACCACCAAGCAAGACUGACUGCACACGUUUCUGCACACAGAAAAGCUGUUAUAUCCUGGUAUCUCAGACCUAAAGUAAGGUUUUUUUGUGAUAAAAUGGAACUUUUUGGAAUAUAGAUCUGCUUUCACAGGAAGAAGUGAUAAAUUAUCUCAAAGGAGGAGACAUGAUCUGCCUGUUUUAAAUUUGACUAAAUUAAAUAGGUGAAAUGAAACUGAAGGAUUUUGAUAUAAAAUGCUCCCCAUUCAACAACCCCUAUCUCCAAACACACACACACACACACUCUGGUACAUAUACCCACAUGUGUUGCACUAUUUUGACUUCUGAAGCACUGGUCAUGAAUCAAACUUUGCCAAUAGCCUGCUCAGAGUUGACAGGUUCAGUGAUCCAUAGCUCUUGACCAAGCUCACAUCUCUUCCUCCAUUCAUCAUCAGGACUAAACAACACCACCUUGACAAAAUGCAUUUGAGGCGCUUGCAUGGUUCCCUGCGUGUAAGAUUAUCUUAAGAAGAUCUAAAGGUGGCAGACAGUAAAUGAGAAGAGACUCUGCACGAGACGGACUUGUCCCCUGGGGGCAGCGACAGUUGAAAGAAGAAAUUAGCCAUAGGGGGUGAUCAUAAUAUAUACAGAACUAUUUAUUUCGCUCCUUCUGUUUACAGAUGCCUCUCAUGACACUUCUCAAUUAAGGGGAUUCGCCUCAGCGGAGCUCAGAAGUAAUGCUCAGCUAACUAUGAAGGGGAUCCCACGAAUGAAUGGGCACUUAUUAAUUAAAUGCUUUUAUGCGACUUAAAUGAGUUGGAAAAUAAUCACACCCGUACAUGAAUGAUGUCAGCACAAAGACCUGAGCUGCCACGCUUUCUGCUGAAAAAGCACAAACAAUUUACUGUCUGCGCCGGGUCACGGACAGCGCAUUAAAAACAGUGUGAUGCCAUUAUUACUUUGACGUGUUGUUAUGUGUUAAUGUAAGCUCAGGGAAGUAAAUUAAUUAUUUAGAUCGCAUCAAUUGAUGUUAAUGUUAUAUCAAUACAACCAACUUCAUAUAGAUUUUCAGAGAUAAGGCUGGUGAUAUUCCGUUUUUCUCUUAUUGUAAAAUCUACAACAAGUCCGAAACGAACAUUGAAGUGAUCCUAACAUAACAGACAGUCUGUGUAGCCACAUUGUCAUGUAUCUCAUGCCGUAGAGCUCCACUGCCGCUAAUGAAAGCACAUCAAUGAGCCAAACGGUUGCACUGGGUGACCUAAUCACUCAUCAUUAACAUAACUAUUUGUGCUGUAGUUUAUUGGAGUCCAUUUAUCUUGCUGCUGUAAAUUCUCACGAGAACACCUUAUGUUGUGUUCAUUUAUUGAUGUGUGAGUAACAUUUGUAAAAAGCUACACGGUCCAACAGCUGCAGGAAAUCACUAAUUUUUGAAAACAAAGAUAUUUCAUAAGAUUUGAGUCUUCAGUAGGAACUGGUGGAGAGCCAGGAAGUCAUUUAGAGACAAACUUGUGCAUACUCAUUUUUGUCUUUUUGUGGGACUUGUUGAAGGAUAAAAAAAAUAAUCCCAGCCUUAUUUAUUAACAACAAAAACUUCCAUAUUUUAAAACUGUUGUGGCUCCAACUAAACAUUCGGAGUAUUCAAUUUACUUAACUGCCUUGAAAAAUUGUUAUUAUUAAUAUUUUUGGAAAUGUAAUACUUGUAAAUAGUUUGUACAGAUAUUGAAAAUCCAUGUAAGAUGCUACAAGUAUGGUAUUCAUCUCAGGAAGGAUUUGUACAUAUUUUGAGAGUUUGUAAAUUGUUCCAAGGUCUUAUUUUAUGAAUAACAAUAAAGUGUUUUCAUUUAACCUGGACGGAGUCUACUGUCGAACAAAACCAAAACAA